AGACCAUCGCUCUAGCCCAGGAUAGCAGCCAUGGACAACAACAUUGCUGAACACCAACUCAGCGUCAUAAAGAGCCCACCUGGAUGGGAAAUAGGCGUCUAUAUUACUGGUGCACUUGCUCUGCUGGGAAUAGCUGGCGUAAACCUGUGGAAGCUUUGGAAAUCUGGCAGCUACCCUGCCCCAUCUCCAUUUCCAAAUUAUGACUACAGAUACCUGGAGCAAAAGUAUGGGGCUACGUAUUCUCAGAUCAAGCAAAAGAGAGGUAUGAACAACUUCCGAAAGGCUGGAGAAAGGACAUCUCCUCUUCGCAAGCCAAGUUUGAAAAUGGACGAUACCUUUGAAAACAUCAAUGAGUUAGGCACUCUGGAGUUGAUGAACAGAGACCUGGAGUUAGCACCGUACGGACCCCUGAAAAAGUCCAUCUCAACGGACUCUCUCAGUUCCAUCUCCUCCAUUGGAAAUAAUUUUGGCCAAGAGUUCACAGUCGGGCAAGUGGAAGUCAAUAUGGAAUACAAUGUAAACUCCAACACCUUGCAUGUAACUCUGCUGCAAGGGAAAGAUCUCAUGGAGAAGGAAGACAUCAACUUUGAGUCCUGCUUUGUGCGCAUCAGUUUGCUUCCAGAUGAACAGAUCGUUGGCAUUUCUAGGAUCCAAAGAAACGCCUACUCGGUCUUCUUCGACGAGAGGUUUUCAAUCCCCUUGGAUCCGGCUGCCCUGGAGGAAAACCGAUUGAGAUUUUCGGUCUUUGGCAUUGAUGAGGAUGAGAGAAACAUCAGCACUGGUGUAGCUGAGCUAAAGUUGUCAGACUUGGAUCUCUCUAUCCGGCCUUUCAAUGCAUGGCUGUAUCUGCAGGAUAUGAACAAGGCAACUGAUUCUGUGGGUGAAAUCUUGCUUUCGCUUAGUUAUCUACCAACAGCAGAGCGAUUGACGGUAGUUGUGGUUAAGGCCAAGAAUCUGGUGUGGACCAAUGGCAAAAUGACUGCAGAUCCUUUUGUGAAAGUGUACUUGCUGCAGGAUGGGAGGAAGAUCAGCAAGAAGAAGACAGCGACAAAAAGAGAUGACACAAACCCGGUGUUUAAUGAAGCCAUGAUUUUCUCAGUGCCAGCAAUCGUCCUGCAGGAGUUAUCUCUGCGGGUGACUGUGGCAGAAUGUUGUGAAGAUGGGAGAGCUGAAAACAUUGGCCAUGUUGUCAUAGGUCCAGCAGCAGGUGGCAUGGGCAUCACGCACUGGAACCAGAUGUUGGCCACCUUGAGGAAGCCAGUGUCCAUGUGGCACCCACUUCGACGAAGCUAAAGACAUACUCGCACCUUGGUGUGAAUAUUCCUUCAUGGUGCCUAAACUCUUCCA